AGCACUGGUAUGAUUUGCAAACUCCAAAUAAAAAUAUUUGGAAAGAAAAGGAUUUUACCAGAAAUUUGGGCACCAACAAAAAUAUAACCAAUUUACAAAGAAAUCAAAAAAUUAUAAAAUACAAAGAAACUUUCCUCAUUUGUUUGUAAAUUAUGUUACUUUAGUUGUAUUUAAAGGUUGGCAUUUUGUUGUAAAACCUUUGGCAGCAACAACAGCAGCUUAACAUAUUGACAUUAAAGCUCACCUAAUUUUCGCAUCUUUUCCUUGGGAUAUUGAUCCACGAACCAUGCAGGAUACUCCAAAGAUCUUUAUUGUUCUUUGGUUCCGCAUUAAAAACAUAUUUUUUAACUUAACCCAAAAUAUUAGCAAUGGAGUUCAUGUAAGUAAGUGAAUUGUGCUCGAACUACUUUCGAGCUUUCUUUCUAGUUUUUUGGGUCAUUUUCUUGCUGGAAGACACAAAACAACUCUAUUUCGUAUUCUGCAUAAAGCAGUAUCACUGUUUCUUUGAUAUUGACAUAGACAUGUUGCCUAGUACGAAAAUCAUGCCCAUACGAUUUUGGUUGCUUUUCUAUGUCUAAUAAAUUUACAUGUGAGUCAGGGGAUUGUAUUCUGCAUUCGGUAGUCGUUUCACACAAGAACAAGACCCUUUUACACCAAAAAAUAAAUUUUGGCUUUAGUCGGACCACAGGGUGUUUCUCCAUUUUUCUUUGUCCCAACUUUACUGCUAUUUUGCAUACCAAACUUUUUUUUGCCCUAUGCCUUCCCGUGAAAAGUGGAAUUUUCCUUGGACUACGAGUACCUAUUUUACGUUCUUGUAAACAAGAUCUAACUUUUUUGGUACUUGACGAGAAAUGGGGAUAUCGCGGCCUUUCGUCCAUCUGUUUCUUAUUGAAAACAUAUUUUAAAGCAUUGCUAAUCAUUUUUGUUUUAAAAACAGACAGCCAAUCCUUAGCAUAGGUCCUGCCUUCUGAAAUGAAAGUUUUGAACCUUUGGCUCUUUUCUUCACUUUAGUGCUUUCCAAGACCCAUAAUUACUUAAAUUUUUUAACUUUCUUGUCACAAUCACCUAAAGCCACCGAUUUUUAAUUCAAUCAAGAACUUAAAAUAUAAAGAAGCUCAGAAAAGUAGAAGCCAUUACAUAAAACAGUUACUGGUGCUAUUUUUGUUGGUGCUCCAUUUCGCUCCCCUAUUGCAAAAUUGCCUAAAGUUAUAAGAACCGUUAGAAUUGAGAGAGUAAGCACACUUCUCUCAGAGAGGAGACAUAUAAAGCUACAUUAUAUUACAGUAAAGUCCAGAAUAUGUUGGACAGUGGUCUUGUUGGGAAGGAAUAUAGACAGUCGUCCCUACUGGUGCUGUAAAUGCCAACCACCCAUACAUAUGUACAUAUAUGCUACAAAACAUUUCAUCUAUGAAAUUAUACACAUAUCUAUUCGAUUCGGUAAUAGAUUAGCAUUUUAGCAUAUACCUAAUAAUAAUAAUAGUUGAACAUAUGUACAUGUACGAUGAGCUGAGCUGCACUUUUUCAUAGUAGGCUACGGAUUGAGCAGUGACUGGGUUGAAGUCGAACCAAAGAGCGGAAGUGUCAAGAAACGAAAUAGACGCACAAAUUUACCAAGCUAAAAAUUGUUCAUUGACAGUAUUUCGUAAUGUCUGAUCUUGGAAGUGGAGAUGAAGGCAUCUCAGGAGGAUCAAAAUAUAAUGUCGCUAACAUGGAGGGUUCCUCAAGCAGAAACGAUUUCGAUUCCUCUGGCAAAGGUGGCGGUACAGUGGAACAGGAACUGGCUACAAAAAUGCUUCAAAUACAAUCCAAGCGAUUCUAUCUAGAUGUAAAACAAAAUCGGCGCGGGCGUUUUAUUAAAGUAGCCGAGAUUGGCGCUGAUGGUAGACGAAGUCAAAUAUACUUGGCCCUUUCAACUGCUGCCGAAUUUCGCGACCACUUAUCAUCCUUUAGUGAUUACUAUGCAUCACUAGCUGGUCAAAACACAGGCCCUCCGAACACAGACAAUUUGCCGGAGGAUGGUAAAUUGAAGUCCGAAAUGAUGAUCAAAGAUUAUAGAAGAUAUUAUUUGGAUCUAAAGGAGAAUGCCCGUGGCCGUUUCCUUCGGGUAUCACAAACCAUAACAAGGGGUGGGCCUCGAUCGCAAAUCGCACUACCAGCCCAAGGAAUGAUCGAGUUUCGAGAUGCGCUCACAGACUUACUGGAAGAGUUUGGGGCUAAUGAUGGAGGGUUUAAAGGGGACUUGCCCGAAGAGCGUCAUAUGAAGGUUGAUAAUAAAAACUUUUAUUUUGAUAUUGGGCAAAAUAAUCGUGGAGUUUAUAUGCGGAUAAGUGAAGUGAAAAACAAUUUUCGGACCUCAAUAACUAUCCCGGAGAAAUGCUGGAUACGCUUUCGUGAUAUUUUUAAUGAUUACUGCGACAAAAUGAAGAAAACGUCCGACCCAAUCACUGCCGACAUUAAUCUACCGACAUCUGCAAAUAGUCUUAAAUAAAGGGUAUUGAUAAAAGCCGAUUUAAGCAAUUUAAAAAGAUGCAUGCAUCAUUCUUGGCUCCUAACAAACGCGAGAGCUUAUUAAAAGUGACGGAAAAAUUAAAAAGCUUGCAAUGUUCGAGAGAACUAAACCUUAAAAUAUGUGAAUUUUUCAGCUUGAAAAAAAACAACAAAAUAUAUAUAAACACACACACACAGUAGCAUUUAGCGAAUGAUGUAUUAGUAUUUUUUAGUUUAUGUAUUAUAAUAUAGUUUAACUAAAUCGACUAGCGUUAAAGGAUAGACAACUUGAGCGUAACCAACAAGCAACUCAAACACAAUCGAAUGAAUUAACUUGUAUGUAAGUGUACUCAGUCAGAUUCACAUACCUCAGCCAAGCCACUCGCAACGUCUCUUACGAUGGCUAAUACAAUUGUUAUUGAUUGACAUAAAUUAAUGACGCCGCUUGAAAGCAUCUGAAAAAUGUAAAAAAAAGAAUAAUUAUAUUUUUAACUAUGCCUCUUGAUUAAUUUAUAUGUCUAAAUUGAUGUACAUACGUCUUACCCUUGCUUCGGCCGAUAAUAGAAACAUGCUACGGAUACAUUUCGUGUGUCAUGGGAGAUGUAUGUAUUUAGCUAAUUGAUAGAUUAUGUCGCAAUAUUAAUCAGGUUAAUGCCAUUUUGAAACUUUCAUAGUAAAUACAUAUGUACGUUGCAAAUUGUUAAAGCUUCUAGAAAUAAUAUGUUAAAUAUUACAAAAUAUCUAUCUUAAAAUAGCUCCUAAAAGCGUUUUUAAAACAAAAGUUUCAAUGUGAUCACGUAGAAUAAAAAUUAUUAGAUACGAAAAAAAUGCAUAGCAAAUUAAAUUAUAAAAACAUAACUCGAUAGUGCAACACAGACACACACAUCCCCACAUCCAAGUUGUUGGUCGCAGAGGGGUAUUAUUAUUAUUAUUUUAGAGAAAAACAAAUCGAGUCCUAUAAAUAUCUACGCGACAAAUUACCUAUUGGUUGGAGUUUUUCUAUUGACAUCAAUGUGUAUAAAUUAAUUAUUUAGUCUUUAAUGUGUUAUGUAUGACUUUUCAGCUUUUAAGUUCAAUGAGAAUGACAUUGAAUUAUUAUCGUAAGAUUAUUAAAAUGGACGCUAUUUCAUUGCAUAAAAAGAACAAAUCCCAAUUGUACAUGCAUACUGAUGUGUGCAAUUUGUUAUAUUAACACGACCAUUGGCAUGUUAAGACGCGUAUGCGAUAGAGAGCCGGUGACGGAGUUGGAGUCUGGCUAUAACCUCUAUACUCUUAUAUUUACCUGGUAAAUAUAAGCUAAAAUAGAUAUGACAAAGAUAAUUAUAUAUAUUUAAAACCCAGAAAGUUUAUCUUCGAUGUUGUUUGGCAAGAAUACAUAUUGUAUAUUUUAAGAGUUAUGUGAAAGUACUAUGAAAAUAAAGUUAAAACUCAAUAAUAUGGGAAUGAGAA